AUGGAUAGAGAAGUGAUAACGUUUUUCACCAAAAUCGUCAAGAAAUUCGGAAGAUCCCCUCGACCACCGUAUCCAUUCGAAAUCUUCAAACUCAUUCUUCUGUACUGUCUGACUCCUGAUAUUCGUUUGUUGAUUGGAGACCAUGAGAUAAAUCCGGAACACGACAAACCCAAUCGACUAGAACUUUCAAAAUUGGAGAAAGUUCGUGAAGAGUUUUACGACUUCCAAGCCAGAGUCAGGACCAAUCCAGAUCCACAUAUUAAAAAACUGGUGGAAUAUAUUCUGAUUAAAAUCAUCCCAACGCAUAAAUAUCUCGAAAUCGUUGACUUCCAGACUGACUUUUGUACUUACGAGACGGUUAUCAGCGACUUGUGUGAUGCUUGCCCAAAAAGACUCGAUGGAGCUCUUCCAAAAGUUGGAGACCAUGUGGUUUUUGUGAAAAGUAAAAAAUGGCCAGAACGCGGAUAUGUCAUCUCUCCCCAAAUCUACGAAAUGUUUCCAGAGCUUCAGGACUUCUUCGAAAGUGAUAUCGGACAGGACUUUUACAAACUCUAUAUGCUCUACGUCGGGAACAUGUUUCCAAACAUGCAAAAAAGUAUGCUUGAUAAGGUGAAUACGUUUACCAAUGAGUAUUUCAAAUGGAUGGUUCAAAUGCUGACAUUUCCCGCCAAUCUCCCUCCACAUGUUCGCUGGAAGUACCAACCGAUGGGGAUUCCUUGUGACAUCAAUUCCCAACCAGACUAUUCUCGAAAACUUAUUCUCCGCUACAUCCAUGUCUGGCUCAAUGGUAAAACUCUGAGAUAUUUCGUAUUCAUUCAUGAAGUGCGCAUCAUCCUUGCCAAGUUGAAAAUGAUGAAUGUAAAGUUUUCUCCCGGAGAAGAAUUGGUACCACCGGAACAAGGAACCUCUCCAGUGGUUCAUGAAAUCGCUGAAUUUCACUCGCCGGAUCAUAUUAUGCGAUUCUUGACUUCUAUUGUUCCAACAUUUGAAAAUCACGUUCGUUUGUUAGACAGUGAAAUGUACUCGUUGACCGUCAUGGAAUUCAAAGCACUUCCAAUCGUUUCCCCAUACAAUACUCAUUGUAUUCAAGACAUUCAAGGAUAUGAGAGAGUCAUGGAUGUGCUGGUUAACGAGAUUCAAAUCGGUAGACGAAUGCCGUUGGACUUUCGCGGUUUAGAGGUUAUUAUUCGUAAAAUGGAGCAACUGUUCACUGGAAGACUUCCUUACAAAACCAUGGUCAAUAGGGAUUCAGUGCAUGAUUUGCUAAAAGAAGCUACUAAUCUCGCGGGAAAGUUUGCUGGAAAAGUGCACUAUCCCGGAAUAAAAUUGGCAGAACUCGUUCCUGGUUGCAGCUUAACGGAUAUCGAAAAUGCGUUUACUGAAUAUUACCCUCAGUUCCUCCCUCUUAUGAACCGCUACUACCUUCCAAAGCAGCCGGUCCCGGAAGACUUCGACGGCUUGACCCAUCCAGGAGAACCUGAUUCCGAUUACAUUCUCACCAGCUUACGCCGAGCCGAAGUUAAGAAAGCAGUUGAAAUAAAAAUCUUGCAUCCACUUGACUUCAUGAAUUCAUAUUUUCCUUCAUCGCAACAAAAUAACUGUUUGGAAAACAUGGGAAAUGUUUCGGAUAAACUCUCUGAUAAAUCAUCGAUCCCUUCAACAAUGGACUCAUCUGGAACGCAAUCGUUUUUAGAAACCUCUCCUGGAGAGACUCCAGUUACACUUGAAUGGUUUGAUGCACCGGAGAGCAUGAGUACUCCUCCUAGAUCUGUUUUAGUCGCACUUGGAGUAGUUAAAGAGGAAGUAGAAGCUAUAUUGAAUGGAAGAAAGACGCUCGACUGUGUUUCUACAGGCGUGUCGUGUAAUAAUACUCCCAUCAGACGUCAUCUUACUUUUACCUGCAAAUUGAUUUUUUUUUUCAGAAAAACCGCUCUCGGCUCGUUGAAAUUCCCGGAAUUGGAGUCGCGUAGUCCAACAUCGCGUUUUCGAGUAUCUUCCAAAAGUUCUUCGAAAAAAAGGGGACAGUUUUAUAAUCUCGCUCUUCGCUCGUCUCCGGUUCUCGAAAUUAUCAUUUCAAAAACUCCCGACGUUCUUUCCGUCAUCCCAUCUGACGUUUUGCUUUAUUCGUCGCCUACUCCUUCUAAUAAAGACAACGACGACGUCGAAGUGACCGCCACUUCGUCUAACCUCACAAAUGCUGACAUGAAACGACAGAAAAAGAGAGAACGAAAGAAAGCUCGCCAACUCAACAAGGAGCAACAGUUGAAAAGAGAGCGGCUUCAACGUGAAGAGGCCAUCAGAAUGCGGAAAGAAAAAUUCGAAAGAGAGAAGAAGCAAUUUGCUGAAUAUGCAGCGUCGGUUGCCAAGCCUACGGUGCAUAAAGAAAAGGAAAAAGAGAAUAGUGCGACUACGAACUUCUCACCCGAUUCGAAAUCACAACUUGGAUUCGAAAACAACGGUUCACUGAGUAGCUGUUCUAUCGCAAACAACGACGUGAAACUGGAAAUAUAUGUUUCGAGUAACUCGUUAGAGCGAAACAACGAAGAACAUCUACCAAAAGGCAAACAUCAGGAAAUCCAUCGGAACCAACAGGAAGUGGUUAAAAUGGAGGCCAUUGAUACAAAACCAACAUUCGAAAUUGUAGUGCGCGGUGAGGUACGGCAAGUACAAGAGUUUACUCCGCGCCGAAACACAUCACAGACGGCAGAAGACUCCUCUCACAAUACUGCUGGAACUUCCUCAUCAAACUCAGUAUUUGACAUUCCUGAAGACGAACCCGUCACUGUUCCAUUCCAUAGUGCCCCGAUUGUUUCCUUUUGCUGUUCUUCACCACCGCCGCCUUCACGAUGUCUACCAACGCCUCCGCCGCCGCCACAGCGAUCAUCAACCCCACCACCUCCACCUCCGCCUCCGCCGCUACCGCAUCCGCAGCCCCAUCCACAUCAGCAAAUAAACCAAAUGACCCAUCCAUUCGGAAGACUUCCGCACCAGAGUCAUCCAAUGAUGGGAUACGUUUCGGUGGGACCUGCUUUCACAGGUCCUCCAGUUACUCAGUAUCCUGGAGCGCCGUACCAAGUCAAUUCUUUUCCUGUUCAAGCAAUCCCAGUUAUGAAUAGACCACCGCCAUUUUUUGUCCAUAGUCAUCAAGCGAUGCCAGUUGUUGUGCGUCCGCCACAGCAUCCACAAGCCAACCCAAUGCAUCCACUACAAGGCGGACCUUUGCAACAGCAUCGACAGGCCGGACCAAUGCGUCCACUACACGUUGGACCUAUGCAACAGAUCACUGCCGUCUAUCCAAACCAACGACCACUCGUACGACAAGCACGUAACCCUCUUCCCAUUACAGCACCACAAGAACAGUCGUCGUCUUCCUCGUCCAAGAAGGAUGAGACUCAGAAUAAGAAGAAAGAUAAGAAAAAAACAAAGUUAGACAAGAGUGCUAAAACAAACGUCGCUGAGAAACAAGAAGAGUCACCAGAGAGAAAGGAACAGAAGGAUGUAAAACCUGAUAUUGUCCAAUCUGAAAAAGAGGUAGAUGAUUUGAACGGGAAGGAUGUCGCAGAGGCAGCUACUGCUAUGGAACAGGAAGUUAUUGAUUGUGAAGUGUCUCUAGCAACUGUCGUCGUAGAAGAAACUAUAACUUUGGAGCCGUCAAUGGACUUAGUGGAGACAGAGCCACUGCCCACUAUACACCUACGAAGAGGAUCAAGCGUAGACUUGCACGGAGACCUCAUUACUUCUGGAGUUGCUCUGGUUCUUGAGGAUUCGGAAGAAGCCGGUCCACUGAUUCAAUCCACUUCCAGCAUUGGUCAUCUUCCUUCAACUUCUGAUGAACAUCGAGAAGCUGUCAACCAGGUGUUGGGAUUCGCGAAAAAGCACGAAGACGCAACUUUCGAUAUUUGGGCUGGAUGGACGAAUGAUAUGCCUGCGUAUCCGAAGGCAGGAAAAUUGAAUUCAGACUUCAGAAAAAUGUUGGAAGAAAAUGAGAAAGUUGUGAAAACUUCUGUCAAAAUGGACGAUAAUAGAAAACUGUCGUUAAUGUCGAUUUGUAAGAAACUGGAGUCGUAUUUUAUGAACACUCGCAUUUACUGGGCUGGUUCAACAGUAGACAGUGUUCAACUCCGUGAUAUAUUUACUGAAGCGUAUGGUGGAGCGAUUCCUUCGGAUCACUGGCUUAUUCUCGAAAAAGUGUGUAGGUUCGAGAAAGGAUUCUUUUACGUUUUCGAUGUCCUCAUCGGAAGUGUUCUGGAUUUAACAUACAAAUUCGUUUCGACACCCGAGACACAACUAGAAAAAUCUGAUGACGAAUUAUACAAACUCUAUCAAUCUUUGCCGAAAGUCGACGGUGUUGAGAAUUUUUUCAAGCGAUUUGAGGAGUUACUACUACCAGAUCUAAUUCACUUUGUCUCAAAUCGAUUCGUCACUGUUCGAGUUUUCGUAGCCAUUGCUGAAGUUGUGAAAGAAGGCGAUUUAGCAGUUUCAGAUCGAUACUAUCUGGCCACUCUUGUGUACGGAGCAAAGCAGUUCUUUUCCAAGUUCAACUCAAGAAUCAAACAACUUCACAUCAUUGAAUCCGGUGGAAAGCGCUGGAUUCGUCAGGCGACAACUGACGAGCGACGCAGCAGUGUUUCAGCGUCAAAGAGCAGCGAAACUCCAGUGACUGGCGUCUCAGGCUUUCUGACUGCACUCAGACCGCACAUUGAUGAUAUUCUUCAACUUCUCCCGGAUGCUGUUGUCAAUGAUUUCGAGUUUUUCAACGCGGUCAAAUUGGUAUGUGGUUGGAAUGGAGAGAACGAGCAACGCAUUUGGCAAGCGAUCAUCAACGAUCGUUCCAAGUUCCAAGAGUUUUACGAUGCUUAUCGUCCAUUUCUCAGAAUUGAAAUACGAAUGGGUACAAUCUAUCUUCGGAAACUGACAUACGACGACGACUAUGAAACAGAUGAUGACGAAGUCCCAGUUAAUGUAGUCGUUUCUCCAAUCGAGAAGUCCCUGAGAAGUGCUUUAAAAACUGAAGACAGUCUUAGAGAUAAAAAGAAAAGUGUUUCGUAUGUGCACAUAGAAUUGAUUGCUCCGAACGUCCCUGUUCCCAACGUCCCAGAUGCACACUCGGACGGUUCGACUCAAAUCGAUCAUAAAGAAUUAAAACAAAUGUGGGACUUGGAACGUCAAGUUAUACGACAUCUGAAGCGCGAAAACAUCACAUUUGAUGAGUUCAUUGAAUCUGAUGAUGCACGCAAUAUGCACCAGUUCCUUGUCGAUACAUUCAAAAACAUGGAUCUACAGUAUUUUGCGUUUAUUCUCGAGAAGGCGAUACAGGAGACUCACGAGCAGUCGUGGCAGGAGACUCUCCAAUUGAGGCAAGCGGCUGAAGAAGCUCGUUUGUUGUUAGAAGAGUCUCGCAAGCAGCAUCUUCGAGAAUACGGAGAACUUCGCGAGAGAAUGGAAACCAUUUCUCGUUUUGAGGCGUUUGAAGUGCAGGUGGCUUGCGAUAGUCGAAUCAAGAGUCUCAAGGAACGUAUCACCCAGUUGAAUGAAGAUCGAGAGCUUCUGUUGAGAGAGGAGGUGAAAGAGGAACGAGCUAGAUUGCAGAGGCAACUAAAGGAAAUGAAAGAAAAGCACAACUCGGAAAAAAGACAAUAUAUGGACGAAAUUCUUCGCUUGCGAGAGGAGAACUCUAGACUGAAAGCUGAUAAACACGAGUUAGAAACUCUUCAAAAUGAACGAACUGAAAUGGAAGCUCGUUGCGAGAGUCAGAUGAACAAGUCUGAAGAAAUGUAUACUGAAUGUGAUUGGGAUCCAGAAUCUGAACCUGAAUCAGAAUCCAUUGAACGUAAUCUUACUACCAGCAUGCCUUCGAGCUCGACUACAUCUCCUUGGUCAGAGCUUCCAUCUCCUUCAACGCCAAUACCACUUUCCCUGAAGGCCCUAAAACAACUUCAAUUGAUGCAAAAAUUCGCAGCCGAAUAUGACAUUCUAAAACUUCGUGCUUCUGCUCGCGAGAUCGUCGAAUGGUACAAAACGACGAAAGCCAAUCAUAAGGAGAGAAAGACUGCAGAAAAGCAGUUGAAAGAUUACGAAGAGACACUUGAUCUGAUCGAUAGUAUUAUCACGGAGAACACCGAAAUGCUAAAACUGAAUGUCAUUGAUGGACUCCUCGAAAUUCCAAGCAUUCCAAUGCCUUUCUCUGAUAAAGUAAUGCAGAAAAUGCAAGAAUACAAGAUACACGAAAAGGGGGAUGCCAGAGAACAAGAGGAUUCAGAAGAAGAAGACGGGUGUCUCAUUUGUACGGAAAUAGUAGAAUCAAGCUGCGAGACGGUAACUUGCGACACAUGCACCAAGGAAUAUCACUAUCACUGUAUCAGUCAAUGGUUGAAAAUCAACUCGGUGUGUCCAGCCUGUUCUCGAGCUUUGAAAGAUCCUAAUGAGUAUCCGAAACUCGAAUAG